AUGUCUGUGGAUCGUAAGAACAAACCCUCUGCGAUUCCCCUCUCCCCUUCUCUCGCCCAACCUGUUGUCGACCUGAGCGACAAUGUCCUCACCGCACGACUCCCCACGGGCGACUCAGUGACGGUCUACCUCUAUGGCGCCACCGUCACCUCGUGGAAGACGAACAACGGCCAAGAGCAGCUGUUCCUCUCCAGUGCCGCUGUCCUGGACGGCUCCAAGCCUAUUCGAGGUGGCAUCCCACUGGUUUUCCCCGUCUUCGGCCCUCCUCCCAAAUCCCACGCUACAGGAAACCUUCCGCAGCACGGCUUCGCCCGGAACAGCUAUUGGGAGUUCUUAGGAAAGAGCAGCAGCGAGAGUCUGGGCGGCAAGUCUGAUGACAGUGUCAAGUUGGACUUUGGCCUCAGCAGUGAUUUCCUUGAUGAGGCAACCAAGAAGAAGUGGCCUUAUGAUUUCGGACUUGUCUACAGUGUCACACUGGAGAAGGGCAAGUUGGAGACAUCGCUGCAUGUCCAGAACAAAGGAAACCAGGCAUUUGAAUUCCAGGCACUUUUCCACACAUAUCUGGCUGUCAAGGACAUCAGCAAAACCGCCGUGAGAGGACUUGACGAAUCCCCGUACGUCGACAAAGUUCGCAAUGCGGAGACCUUCACCGAAUCCUCCUCCUCCCUAGCCUUCACCGGAGAGACCGACCGCGUCUACACACCACCAACCAGCAAGGACGAUGCCGGUCUGGUACCACUUGUAGUCACCGAAGAUGGCGCAGACAGCUUCCUCGUCUCUCGUGAAGCGUUGCCAGACGUGACGGUGUGGAACGGCUGGGAGGACAAGAUCAAAGGCAUGGGUGACUUCGAACCCAAAGACGGCUGGCAGCGAUACUUGUGCAUAGAGCCUGGUACGGUCAGUUCGUGGACAAAACUCGAGGCCGGCGAUGCUUGGCAGGGCGGUGCUACGUGGGAGAGUAAGUUGUAA